UUCAGUGACUAGUAUUUGUUUCAGGCUGCUCUUGCUAUGAUAUCUCCUGCUUGGGCUGCUGCUUUUGCAUCUCCACCUGCUUCAAUGGCAAUGGCUAUGGUUGCGGCAGGUACUUCGGGUGGUGAAAGCCAUCCUCCUACAGCAACUUCCCAUCUUAAGCGUGAUACUUCAUUGAUGGAACGAAAACAGACUAAACUCCAUACAUUUUCAAGCUUUCAAAAACCUUUGGAAGCCACGAAUAAAACAUCACCCCUACCAAAGGACAAAGCCUCUGCAAAAGCUGCUGCUUUGGCAGCUGCUCGUGAUCUUGAGAGAUUUUCUAGAAUUGGUUCUGGAAGAGGUCUUAGUGCUGUUGCAAUGGCCACAGCUGCACAGCGAAGAAAUGCUAGUGAUAUGGAGCGGGUAAAGAGAUGGAAUAUUUCUGAAGCAAUGGGAGUUGCCUGGAUGGAAUGUUUGCACCCUGUUGAUACAAAGUCAGUAUAUGGGAAAGACUUCAAUGCCUUUUCAUAUAAAUACAUUGCCGUGCUUGUUGCCAGUUUUGCCCUAGCAAGGAACAUGCAACGGUCUGAGAUUGACAGGCGUACCUAUGUAGAUGUAAUUGGUCGACAUCGAAUCAGUACAGGAGUCCGUGCAUGGCGCAAACUUAUUCACCAGUUAAUAGAAAUGAAAAGUCUUUUUGGGCCUUUUGCAGAUCAUUUAUACAGUCCACCUUGUGUUUUCUGGAAGCUAGAUCUAAUGGAAGGUUCUUCAAGGAUGAGAAGAUGUUUGAGGAGGAAUUACCAUGGCUCUGAUCAUUUAGGUUCUGCUGCAAAUUAUGAGGAUUAUUUUGGGGAGAAAAAUGACCAGCACACUCCUAUUUUGUCAGCAGAAGCAAUCUCAUUGGAGACAGUCAAUGAAGAUGAAGAACAGGUGGAAACUGACAACCUGAAUACUAGGGUCAGUGAUGAUGAUAAAGGAGACAAUCAGACUAGACUGUCUGAAAUGACUGAUCAAGCUGUUCAGGCAUCUCUAGAGUCUGGUGCUACUCAACAUGCAAGUGAUGAAGAACUUGUGCAGAGUUCUUCAGCCAUUGCACCUGGGUAUGUACCUAGUGAACUUGAUGAAAGAAUUGUUCUUGAGCUACCUUCAUCAAUGGUCCGACCACUAAAGGUCAUUCGGGGAACCUUUCAAGUAACCAAUAAGAGGAUAAAUUUUAUAGUUGAUAACAGUGAGACUAGCACCACAUUGGAUGGUUCUAAUUCCAAUGUUGAGGCAGGGAAACAAGAAAAAGAUCGCAGCUGGCUAAUGUCAUCUCUUCAUCAAAUUUAUAGUCGGAGAUACCUCCUUAGAAGAAGUGCCCUGGAGUUAUUUAUGGUGGACCGGUCAAACUUCUUCUUCGAUUUUGGGAAUGGUGAAGGGCGAAGAAACGCAUAUCGUGCAAUUGUUCAAGCAAGACCUCCACAUUUAAACAAUAUAUAUUUGGCUACUCAGAGGCCUGAACAACUUUUGAAGAGAAUUCAACUCAUGGAACGCUGGACUAGGUGGGAGAUCAGUAACUUUGAAUAUCUAAUGCAACUCAAUACUCUGGCUGGGCGAAGUUAUAAUGAUAUUACCCAGUAUCCGGUUUUCCCCUGGAUUCUUUCCGAUUACAAUUCAGAGAGCUUGGAUUUGUCUAAUUCCUCCUCUUAUCGAGACCUUUCAAAGCCUGUUGGUGCACUAAAUCCUGAUCGACUGAACAGAUUUCAGGAGAGAUAUACUAGCUUUGAUGAUCCAGUCAUUCCCAAAUUCCAUUACGGAUCACACUACUCAAGUGCCGGAACAGUUUUGUAUUAUCUUGUGAGAGUUGAACCGUUCACUACCCUUGCAAUCCAACUGCAAGGUGGAAAAUUUGACCAUGCAGAUCGAAUGUUUUCUGAUAUUUGUGCUACUUGGAAUGGAGUUCUUGAGGACAUGAGUGAUGUAAAGGAAUUGGUUCCUGAGCUAUUUUACCAAUCUGAGGUGCUGACAAAUGAAAAUUCAAUUGAUUUUGGCACAACACAAACCGGAGGAAAACUUGAUACUGUAAAGCUUCCUGCUUGGGCUGAAAGUCCCGUUGAUUUUAUUCAUAAGCACCGGAAGGCUCUAGAAAGUGAGUAUGUAUCUGCUCAUUUGCACGAGUGGAUUGACCUCAUAUUUGGGUUUAAGCAAAGGGGCAAGGAAGCUGUUACAGCAAAUAACGUUUUCUUUUAUACUACCUAUGAAGGGACAGUGGAUCUUGAUAAAAUCUCUGACCCAGUACAACAGCGUGCCAUACAAGAUCAGAUUGCUUAUUUUGGACAAACACCAUCCCAACUUCUGACUGUUCCUCACUUGAAGAGAAAGCCAUUAGCAGAAGUUCUACAUUUGCAGACAAUAUUCCGUAAUCCAAAAGAAGUCAAACCAUAUGAUGUUCCAUUCCCAGAACGCUGCAAUCUUCCUGCAGCUGCCAUCCAUGCAUCUUCAGAUACAGUUGUGGUUGUUGAUAUGAAUGCACCAGCAGCUCAUGUUGUACAACACAAGUGGCAGCCUAAUACACCUGAUGGGCAGGGUACUCCUUUCCUCUUUCAACACAGAAAAGCUACAUUAGCCUCUGCUGGUGGUACUAUUAUGCGCAUGUUCAAAGCACCAGCCACAUCUUCUGUCGAGUGGCAAUUCCCCCAAGCAGUAGCAUUUGCUGCAUCUGGAAUUAGAAGCCAAGCUGUUGUUUCUAUAACAUGCAACAAAGAAGUUAUUACUGGUGGGCAUGCUGAUAGUAGUAUUAGGCUAAUAUCCUCAGAUGGAGCUAAAACAUUAGAAACAGCUUAUGGGCAUUGUGCUCCUGUAACAUGCCUCGGUCUUUCACCUGAUAGUAACUACCUAGUGACAGGAUCCCGAGACACCACAGUAUUACUCUGGAGAAUACAUAGGGCACUUGCAUCCCACACAAGUGUCAUGUCAGAACAUUCCGCUGGAACAGGCACAUCAUCUUCAACUAGUAAUGGUUCAUCGCACAUGCUAGAAAAAGACAGGAGACGACGAAUUGAAGGUCCCAUACAGGUUCUUCGGGGCCACCGCACUGAAAUACUUAGUUGUUGUGUUAACUCGGAUAUUGGGAUAGUUGUUUCUUGCUCCCAUUCAUCAGAUGUCCUCUUGCACUCUAUAAGAAGGGGGCGUUUAAUUAGAAGGCUGGAUGGUGUGGAGGCCCAUAUUGUCUGUCUUUCCUCUGAGGGGGUUGUAAUGACUUGGAAUGAAUCUCAGCAUACUCUCAGUACUUUUACACUUAAUGGUACUCCAAUUGCAAGAACACAAUUGUCUCUCUUUUGCAGUAUCAGUUGCAUAGAAAUUUCAGUUGAUGGGAUGAGUGCUUUGAUUGGAAUAAAUUCCCUUGAAAAUGGUAGACCCUAUAAUAAUAGUCCAAACUCGCAUAAGUCAGGUGACAAUUUUUUUUCAGAAUCAGAAGAAACUUUUGAAAACUCUGGAAUAGAUGUUCCAUCGCCAUCUAUUUGCUUCCUGGAUAUGCACACGCUCGAGGUAUUUCAUGUAUUGAAGCUGAAAGAAGGGCAGGAUAUCACAGCUCUGGCUCUAAACAAGGAUAACACAAAUCUUUUGGUUUCAACUUUGGAUAAGCAAUUGAUAAUCUUUACUGAUCCGGCUUUAAGCUUGAAAGUUGUCGAUCAAAUGCUCAAGCUUGGCUGGGAAGGUGAUGGACUUCAGCCUCUCAUAAAAUCGUAGCUUGUAGGGUAUACAUUAAUGGGUUACAGAUCUUCUACACACAAUCAGUUAGGAAAGUUAGCUUGAGGUUAUGACAGGUUUGUAAGCAUAUUGGUUGGACCCUUAUGGUUUAGUCUUGUGACAUAUGUAGCAUCCUACUAUUACCACUAGUGUUAGAUUUUUUAGAUUUGGUAGAGGGUUCUUUGCUCCUCCGGUUGUGCUAUAGUGUUGAUAUUGGACAAGCUUGAGUUCCGACUGAGGUUUGAGCCAUUUUUGUCCCACCAAUUUUUUUAUUACAGAGAAUUAAAAUAUAAUAGCUAUUCUUUCUUGUAA